UUUUCCCAAUAUUUUUUUUUUUUAUUUCCAAACAUAAAUAUCCGAGCUUGGACGGGAGGGGAGAACGCAGAGAACAGGAAGCCGUCUUCUCUGUUCGGAGCAAUGGCGAGUUCCGAUCCUGAGAAGCUGAUGUCGAAAGCAGAUAAGUUAACUAAGCUUAGUUUUACAAGAUGGUCUGCUGAUUGGAAAACAGCUACAGCAUUAUUUGAACAGGCUGCUAUUGGUUACAGGAUGAGGAAAGAUAAUGAAAAGGCAAAAGAAGCAUUUGAGAAGGCUUCAAAAGGCCAAGAAAUGAUAUCAUCGCCUUGGGAUGCCGCCAAACAUAUGGAAUCUGCUGGUGCUUUAGCUAAGGAUCUUAACCGUUGGAGUGAGGUUUCUGACCAUUAUAGGAGGGCAUCCGAGUUAUACAUGGAAUGUGGAAGAUCACAACCUGCUUCAGAUGCUCUUGCGAAAGGUGCUCGUGCUUUAGAAGAUGUUCAACCUGAUGAAGCUAUUCGGUUGUACAAUGAUGCCUGCGGGAUUUUGGAAGAGGAUGGAAAAGAACAAAUGGCUUUUGAUCUAUAUCAAGCUGUCACAAGCAUUUAUAUUAAACUUGAGAAAUAUAUUGAUGCUGCGACUUCUCUUUUACGAUGGGGUGUAGCUGCUGAUGCAUGCAAUGCUGUACAUAGUCAAUGCAAGGUGCUUUCUACAGCAUCUAGCCUUAAUGGUCUUUUAAACCCUCUUCGUGUAGUUCAGACUAGUAUAUGAUGCAACAUCUUUCUG